CGGGUUUGUAUUCUGACUUCUGGGCACUGGAAAGUAGCGUAUAUGCCAUGGCAUUUGGGCCUGUGUGCUGUAUAGAAACAGUACUCGCGAUGGGAGACUAAUAACAACACCGCUUCUCUGGUCUCUCUGGCCUCACUCUCAGUCCAUGUAUUGUUAUUAUUGUUAUUAACCUCUCUUCUUUCCCCCAGAUUUUUUCUCCAGUUUAGUGGACCAUAUUGAUCCCAAUGAACACUGUGCCUCUAUAAAUACACGCCCCGAAAUUACCGACCUCCCAUAAGCUAGCACGAUAGAACCCACAUGCCCCUACAUUUUUAGCCUGCUGUGUGGAGCACUGAAGUGCAAGCUACCCAUGCAACUUGCAGGUUAAGCUUUGUGGAGUAAUUUGUGAGUUGCACGCUCACGCUGGUCAUGGCCAAGGCCCAGGUCGUCGCCCGGAUCACCGUCGAGGUCGCGCCGUCCAUCAUCAGGCGCCGCCGGCGCGGAAUCCCGUUGACGGUGCUGGACACGAUAGCCGAGGAGGAGAAGGAGGCGGCCGCAGUCGCUGCCAUGGCGCCUCACCACCGCAACAAUGCGACAGCCGGCCGCUACGGCGCCGGGGACACCACUGGCUCCUCGGCGCACGCCGGUGCCGAGAAGGGGAAGCGGUGCGUCGGCGGGAGCAACGGCCCCUCGGAGCACGGGGAGGAGCGGCUCGCGCCGGCCAAAGCGCGGUGCUCAAAGAUCGCCGCGUGAUUGAUUUCCGUCGGAGGGGAGCUGGACUUAAUUAGAGUCGGACUAGCUUGGUAUGGUGUAUGAAUAUGAUCGUGGUACGACUACGAGUCCUACGCAAUAUAUUGAUGUGCAACUCUCCUGUGUAUGGCUGGAGGGUGGAAAAAACCUAGCCUCCAGCUUUUUAUGCGUACGAGUAUGACGGAGUAUGGACAUGUAAUAAUCCUCUGUGUUCAUGAUACAGUUAAUACAAUGUAUUGCAGUUUUGAUGACCUCUA